AUGAAGAACGGAGACAAGAAGUGCAAAGAGAGGGAGAGACAUGCACUCCUCACAUUCAAACAAGGCCUUCAAGAUGAGUAUGGCAUUUUGUCCACAUGGAAGGAUGAUCAAAAUGCAGAUUGCUGCAAAUGGAUGGGAGUCUUAUGCAACAACGAAACAGGUUAUGUUCAAAGACUUGAUUUGCAUGGUUUGUAUUUAAAUUGUGAAAUCAAUCCUUCAAUAACUGAGUUGCAACAUCUAACAUAUCUAGACCUUAGUUCAUUGAUGAUUAGAGGUCAUAUCCCAAAUUUUAUUGGCUCCUUCAUCAAUUUACGAUACCUUAAUCUCUCAAAUGCCUUUUUUAAUGAGAAGAUUCCUUCUCAACUUGGAAAACUCUCACAGUUGCAACACCUUGAUCUCAGCCACAAUGAACUCAUUGGAGGAAUCCCUUUUCAACUAGGGAAUCUCUCAAAGUUGCUACAUGUUGAUCUUAGUCACAACAUGCUCAUUGGAACAAUCCCUCCCCAACUCGAGAAUAUUACAUGGUUAGAAUACCUUAUACUCGGUUUCAAUUCUCAUCUUGAAAUCAAUAGCCAAAGUCAAGGCAAUGUUGAAUGGCUAUCAAACCUCCCUUCAUUGAGAAAAAUUGACUUGACUAAUGUUCUAAUUGUCAACUAUUUUUCUUAUCACACCCUACAAUUUUUAUUGAAGCUUCCAAGCCUUGAACAAUUGUAUCUAAGUGAAUGUGGCAUUUUUGAUGACAAUAUUUUUCCUUUAUCUGAUUCCCAUUUGAACUCUUCUAUUUCUCUUACUCUCCUUGAUCUAUCUUGGAAUGAAUUGACGUCAUCAAUGAUAUUCCACUUGGUGCUUAACUACACCUCUAAUCUUCAAGACCUCUACCUUUCUAAUAACUUUGUAAGAGGUACUAUUCCUGAUGAUUUUGGCAACAUAAUGCAUUCACUUGUGAAUCUCGAACUCUCAGACAACAGUCUAGAAGGCAAGAUCCCAAAAUCCAUUGGGAGUAUAUGCACCUUGCAAAAAUUUGCAGCUUUUGAUAACAACUUGACUGGAGAUUUGAGUUUUAUCACCCAUAGUAACAAUUUUAAGUGCAUUGGAAAUGUAUCCUCUUUACAAGUGUUAUGGUUAUCAAACAAUACAAUUUCAGGUUUGUUACCCGACUUUUCAAUCCUCUCAUCUUUGAGACGGUUGUCUCUUAAUGGCAAUAAGUUAUGUGGAGAAAUACCUGCAAGCAUGGGAUCACUUACGGAUUUAGAGAUUUUGGACCUGGGAGUAAACUCUUUUGAAGGUGUCGUCUCUGAAUCCCAUUUCACUAACCUCUCAGAAUUGGUAGACCUAGAUUUGUCUUACAAUUUGUUGAAUGUGAAGAUUAGUGAUAAUUGGGUUCCUCCGUUUCAAUUAAGUUAUUUGCGUCUAACGUCUUGCAACCUGAAUUCUAGAUUUCCUAAUUGGCUCCAAACACAAAACGACUUAUCUGAGCUUUCCCUUUCAAAUGUAGGUAAUUUGGCGCAAAUACCUCAAUGGUUUUGGGGAAAAUUGCAAACACUAGAACUAUUGAACAUUUCAAACAACAAUCUCAGUGGUAGGAUUCCAGAUAUGGAACUCAAUCUAACCCAUUAUCUUGAACUAGAUUUGAGUUCAAAUCAACUCGAAGGUUCCAUUCCUUCUUUUUUACGACAAGCCCUAGGACUACAUCUCUCCAAUAAUAAAUUUUCAGAUUUAACUUCCUUUAUAUGCAGCAAAAGUAAGCCUAACAUUUUGGCGAUGUUGGAUUUAUCAAACAAUCAAUUAAAGGACGAGUUGCCUGAUUGUUGGAAUAAUUUAGCAUCAUUACACUAUGUUGACUUGAGCAAUAACAAGUUGUGGGGAAAUAUUCCAUCCUCAAUGGGUGCUCUUGUUAACAUAGAGGCUUUGAUUUUAAGAAAUAAUAGUUUGAGUGGACAACUUACUUCCUCAUUGAAGAAUUGUUCAAACAAGUUGGCUUUGUUGGACCUUGGAGAAAAUAUGUUUCAUGGUCCAUUACCUGCAUGGAUUGGAGAGAGUUUACGGAGGAAUCCCAACAUGUGUGAGUAA